AUGUCGUCGAAUCGUGUAGAUAAACGAAAAUUUACGGAAAUUCGACCAAUUUCCAUUGAACAAAAUUAUGUCAAUAAGGAUGGAUCCGCUUUAUUUAAAUUCGGCGAUUCGGCUGUCUUAUGUUCAAUAAAUGGCCCAACCGAAGUUAAAGUUCGUGAUGAAAAAUUGGAUAAAGCCACAAUAGAUGUAUCAUUCAAACCUUGGAUCGGUUCGCCUGGAACCAAUGAGAAAACUCACGAAUUAGUUUUACGUUCUACAUUAGAGAGUAUUAUUCAAACUAAUCUUCAUCCACGGACAUUAAUCCAAGUUGUAUGUCAGGUUUUAAUGGAUGAUGGAAGUAUUUUGGCUACAGCAAUCAAUGCUACAACAAUGGCCUUGAUUAAUGCAGGAAUUUCAAUGAGAGAUAUAGUUGUGGCUGUUUCGUGUGUCAUUUGUAAAGAUGGAACAAUAUUAAUAGAUCCAAAAGUGCAAGAAAUUGAGGAAAAUCAAUCUUUUCAUACCUUUGCUUUUAAUAAAGUAUCACUGAAUUUAUUGUUUUGUGAAUCUUUUGGAGUAUUUACAGAACAACAGUAUUUUGAUUGUUAUGAGUUAAGUAAGACAGCAGCACAAGAAGUUAUUAAUGAGAUUCACAAUACAAUUAAAAAUAACAUAGCGAAUGGAAGGUAA